CGCGCCUCUACUACAGCAUUGCAGCAAUCGCGAUGCAAGAAGACGCGCCGCUGCUCCCGUCGUCCCGGAUCCUCGACAUACGCGGUGCGACACCGCCCCGGUCCGGCCUCCGCCACCGGCAGCAGCCCUUUAGCCGCGCCAAGCCGACGAGCCCGCUCCCGCCGGUGAGCUACCGAGCGAUCGUGUGGCACGUGCUGCACUAUCGGUCGUCGAUCCAGCACGUGACCUACAUCCAGCAGUGCUCCUACUACGUCGAGCUCUUCCUCCUCAACCUCAUCUUGCUCAACGUCGUCGUAACGAUUGUGAGCUCGUCGAGCCUCGUGGACCCGGCCGUGCCAGUGCACACACCAUUGUGGUUCACGGGUAUCAUUUACGUCUCGACCGCCAUCUUUACCAUCGAGUACCUCUUGCGCUGGUGGUCGUGCGUCGAAGACCCUCGCUUCAAGUUCCACGCCGUAUUUGGCCGACUCCAAUGGAUGCUGCGGCCCAUGUCUCUCAUUGACCUUGUUGCGCUCGUACCCUACUUUCUGGAAAUUGCGCUCUGCUCAGCGUCUGCGACGUCGGUGGCGUAUCGCGGCUCGAUGACCAUUCGUGGCCUCCGGCUCCUCCGCGUCAUUUCCUUCCUGCGCAUUGAACGAUCGUAUGAUGCGAUCAAGCGGCUGCGCAUCAUCUUUCGGCGAAAGCGGCAAGAAUUCUUUGUGGUGACCUACCUCACCGCGGUCGUCAUUCUCGUCUCGGCCACCAUCAUCUUUUUCCUCGAGUUUCCGGCGCAGCCCGACGUCUUCUCCAGCAUUGGCGUCGGCGCGUGGUGGGCAAUCGAGACCAUCACGUCGCUAGGGUACGGAGACGCGGUGCCCAUCACGGUGGCCGGUCGCAUCUUUGCGUCCGUCGUCGCACUCUGGGGCAUCAUCCUCUUUGCGAUUCCAGGCGCGAUCCUCGGCAGUGGCUUCAUUGAAGUCAUGCUCGAGCACCAAACGGCCAAGGAAAUGCGCGCCAAAGACCGGUGGAUCCACGAAAUUUCUUCGCAGCUCCACCAGAUUCAGUCGGUCGCCGCGGGCUCGCUCUUGGCGCCGCUGACGACCUUGUCCAACGUCCUCUCCGAGCCCGUCGAAGGCAGCCUCGACGAGGACAGUACGGAGGCUCCCACCCUGGCGACACCACCGCUCUCGAUCCCUUUGGGCACCCCAGAUGCGACUAUGUCGCCGCAUUUAUCGCCGCUUGGGUCCGACGUCGUGACGGUCUCGUCGACGCAGCUCAACGAACUCCUUCAAAAUCAGGAAAUGCUUUCGCUGCAGAUUCAGCUACAGCGUGAACAACUCGACCGCGUCUUGAAGCUUCUCGAGACCAAGAUUCACGUUGGUCCCAGCAGCAGCGUGUUUUAGUAAACGCAUUGACGUGAACAAGCAC